AUGACUACACUUCAAAGUCAGGCUGGAAAAGAAACUGCUAAAGUUCAAAAAUCAGCUUCGGCUUUCAAGAGAUGGGGCAGAAAAGGCCCUUUUCUUAGAUAUGGUCUUCCCAUGAUCUCUCUUACUGUUUUUGGUGCUCUUGGUCUUGGCCAUCUUUUGCAGGGCAGCAAGGACAUUGCAAGGGUAAAAGAUGAUCAGGAAUGGGAAAUAAUUGAAGCCAGAAAAGCACUGUCUAGAACAGGACCAGUAAAUGCAUACAAGCCAAAAAAGAUUUCAUUGGAGGAUGAGCUUAAUGAUUUCCAACAAAAGGUAGACAUUAAUAACUACGAGUACAAGACUAUUCCUAAACCAAAUGAAGACAUGCGCAUCUGCCUUUGUCAACAGCUUCAACAUUCUGCAAACGAUUCGGGUUUAAUGGUAGAUAUGAGUGAAGUUCUUGAUGCUAAUGUUUGUGUCAAGCUUGUGUUGAGAUUUCAAUGUCGAAUUUGUGAUACAAUUGUUGAUUAG